AUGAGUGCCAUUGCUGCAAAUAUUUCUGGUAUUUGCGCCAAGGAUUUGAUAAGUAGUGAAGGGAAGUAUCAUUCUUCAUGCUACAAAGCUUUUGUUCACAUUAUAUACGAGACUGAUGAAGCUGUCAAUAAUCCCACUGAAGCUAUGGGGAAUAAUAAUGGUGAGGUGUAUGAAGCUGUCUACUCCUUCUGUGAAGCCUUAAUAUCAAACCCAAGAGUCGUAGAAUUUAAAGAAGUUAGGAAUGUCCUAUCAGACGAGGCAGAUAAAUUGGGUGUGGUAGUAACACAGUCUCAAUAUAAAAACCUCUUGCGUCUGAUAUCUAAUAAGCUCGAACAGCUAGUAUUUCUUAAUUACCAACAAAAUAAAGUUCUGAUGUAUCCCUCCACCUUAAAAUUAGAGACAGUCGUAGUGGAAAACUUUGAGCUUAAAAGUGAAGUUGCAAAUCAAACAUCCUUGGAUGAAAAUUCAAAAACAGUAAUCAACGCGGCGAAAAUUCUCAACGAGAAAAUAAAAUACCAUCCCCGUGCAAUGGCGUGGCCCCCCGAAGAAACAGAUCUAGGUAUUGAUAAGGUAGCCGACUGUGUUCCUGAAUUGUUAGAUACCUUUUGUACCAUCCUUUUGUCUGGCCAGUUAUUGGACAGGGACAAAAGCAGGUCUGACCGCAUUGUGCGCCUAAAGAACUCAUUAGCACAGGACAUUGUCUACACCGUAUCUAACGGAGCAAUUAAGACGCCUAAAAGUGUACUUUUUCCAUCUGUGGUAAAAGCCUUGUGUAAUAAUACAGAAGUUGUUAAACUUAUUAAUAAAUGUGGCCAUGGAAUCGGUUAUAAUCUUGUUGAAGAAAUCGAGACGGAAUUUGCGCUUAAAGUAAUUAACGAACAAACGUUAAAUCUUGUUCUUAUCUCAGAUGAAUGCAAACAGUUCAACAACCUACCCGUCGCACUCAUGGUAGCGGACAACAUUGAUAACUUGGAAUACCUCGACACACUGGACUCGCCAGCCACAGAUCUUAAGACGGCGUAUGAGGUACUCUGCCGCGGACGUGAAAUCAAAAACAAGCUUCAGCUGAAUGCAGUAGCUUGCGUAUUUGAUCAGGCGUUCUAUGCGAAAGCCAUGGAAGUGCUUUGGAAGCAGAAAGAGCAAUUUGAAGGUUUAUUUCUAAUGAUGGGUGGGUUUCAUCUGUUGAUGACACUACUGGCAAUCAUCGGCGACCGUUUUGGCGACGCUGGCCUCAGAAAUGUAGCUGUGCACAGUGAGGUGAUAGCUGAAGGCUCAAUUGACAGCGUUCUAAACGGCAAGCAUUAUAACAGAGGCGUUAGACUACACAAGAUUAUGUAUGAGGCGAUGACUAAGCUACUUUUAGACGACUUUGAAAAUUGCUUGCAUGAGGAUUCGUUGGAAUUGCUAAGUGACCAUAAAACGCAGUUGGAUCAGCUCAAGCUCAAUCUUUGUUAA